GUCAAAUAAUGUGUCAAUCACCUGUGAAUCAAACUGUGUGUGGCUCAGUUCAUGUCACAGUGUUGUUUAGUAUAUCUUCACUUGUCUCACUCUCCUUCUGUUCUGUCCAUCAGGACGAUCCUCAGCGCUUACACAGAUCCUCCAUCGAUGUUUUGGAUCCAAUCAGUGAUCAGUUCUACGAGGAGGCCUGGAUGUUCACCAGCGCUCGCUACACCUCCAUCUACCAGAAGGUUUUCCACUGUCGGCCAUCCAGCGAUGCUGGAGGGCUACCUGGCCAAUGCUGGCCUACACAAAGAGGUCCCGGCUCGGAGGAGCUGAAGAAGAUCCUUGCCUUCCUCAUCAGUUUCCUCUUCAGUUCCUAUCCCAACAAAACCUUCUUGCACCUAUUAGCUCCAAAGAGGCUAUGGUGCCCGUGGAGGUCUGGACCUGAGGCCUGUGCUCAUCACGUGGAUAGAAAACACUCUGACACCAUUCUGGAGAUGUUGACUGUGACCUCAGAGGCCAACUGGACCACACAGCUGCAACAGGAGUGAGGGAGAGGAGUCUUCAUCCAGCUUCAAAGAAAACAUCCAGUUAGAAACCCUGCAGCAACCCGACCCAAAACUGU